GGAGAGAGCAGCGGGGCCUGACGUAGUAUUAUCAGCAAUUCGGGAAGUACAGCAGAUUAAUUAAUAGAAACAUAUUAAAGUUGAUCUGAUUUGCCGAAGGCAAAGAAAUCUGUCUACAGCAUGCGACAGAUUGUUGCGCAUGCCGUAGUUGGUCUAGUGGAGUAGAGUACUGUAAUGCGUUGGAGAAAGGAGGUCAUGCAAAGCUGGCCUGUCCAAUUUGAGAGAUCACUGCACCUGAUUUGGUGAGUAUGCUAAUUGACCGUGAAGCUCGCUAUCUGAAGUUGUCGCAUGAGGAGGAGAAGCUCAUCAACCUGUAUGCUUCUAUACCCGUGGAAGCAAAAUCAUCUGAACCAGAACUCGACAUUAGGGGCAGCUUGGAAAACUAAAUUGAGUUGUACCUCCUGAUCAUAGUUUGGAUGCAUGAGCGGGCCUCAUCUCUUGCCACGAAGUGUUGCAAAUUGUAUACAUUUUCAGGUACAAAGUGGAGUAUAGAUCUAAGUGUUCCAACAAAAAGCGAAGAAAUGAUACAGGGUUUUGGCAGCGGAGGAAAGAAGGUUGCUGCUGCUCUAAUCACGUCCUCUUCUCCAAAACGGAGAAUCAAAAAUACUGAUGUAUGUAUGGUGUCCCCUAGUCGAGUACGUGUUUUACCUAUUGAAGCGGAGAACUCAGUUUCGGAUGAAGAUCUUUGUCAGAAUCUCCAUCUUACUUUUUCGUCGAUGGACUCAUCAUUGACUGAUUUGAAGGAGCAAAAAUGUUUGGAGUUCAAAAAUACAGCAGAUAGGGAGUGUGAGUUUGAGAGUUUCGGCGUGAGAGGAGAAAUGUUGUGGACCUUGUUGAGACCUUUAGCGCACAAAGUUGGAAUUGUUUCCGUUCUGAGAUGAGUGAAGGAUAUGUUCGUAAAGACAAAUACUGAGGUUAGAACUGUUAUGAUGGGAUAUGUAGAUGAUCAGAUUAAUGUAAAUGAUCUGAUGUUUUCUCUUUCAUAGUGACGUAAAUGAAGACCUAGUAAAAUCCUCUACAGAAUUGUAUGCCUUCUUUUCUUUGUAGAAAAUUUAUAAAGUGGGUUCAGAAACAGGUUCUCUUUGG